AUGGAAGAAACUUAUGGUUGUCCUUCGAAGGCCUUGGCAGCUGGAUUGUCCUUUGGAGAGUUGGAGAAGUCUGGCUUCAGUCUCUUCUCGGCCAAUUCUCCGUAUGGGUUGAAUCCUAAUCGUUCCAUCUCGGCCUUCAUCAACUUCUUCUUCGACUUUGGAUCCUUUUCUUCUGCGGAGAGUGGUGGGAGAACGUCGGUGAAGACUCCGGUUCCGAUGGUCUUGGCUCCUUUACGGAUGGUGAAUCUCUGUUGUGGCUCGAUGAACAUUUGA